CGCUUUAUGAGAACAAGCAGUCACAUCCCCUCCGGAAUCUCGUCUCCCCCUAGCCACUGACUGGUUGAAGCCGUCAACCGCCUCCCCCCUUCCUGUAAUUUGGUUCAGUCCACAUUCUCCUCACGGGAAAAAUGGCGGCGCCCGCAGGCAGCGGUGAGGUGUGGAAUCAGCUGGAUGUUCCGUGGCCCGCUUGUAGCGGCACGGUAGCCGUGUCAGCCCUACAUCCCUCAGUGAAAUGCCUUUCAUCUGUUAUGAAGAGGUGUCAUGUGGUCAAGAACCUUCUCAAAAGUAAAGCUGUGGUUGCAGAAGGAGAAACUUUGCAUGCCAUCAUGCAUAAUUUCUACUACCAAAUGAGACAUCAUAGGCCAUAUUGGUCUCUCAGACAGGUACAACAGUGUUUGAAGCGUUUAAAUCUAAUGAAUCUGGAGCAAUCAGUUGAAAAACUUGCGGAGUUGGGCUCCAUGAAACAGAAAUCAGAACAUCCCAAAGAGAGUUUGGUACUCAGCCAACCUGUGAUUGAAGUGGUGCUAGUGAAGAUUUUGGGAGGCUGCAAGCUCUUGCUACGUUUACUUAAAUGCUGUUGCACAGCAUUUCUUUUGUAUCUUAAGCAUCUGUGUUUGGAAGAACACAUUCUACACAACACUGUGGUCUUGGGAUUGCUGAGCAGAUUAUGGAUUCUUUACAGAGGUGUGCUAAAAAGCCUCAGUUCUUUAUAUGAGAGCCUGUUUGAAUUGCUUCAGGAAGUUUCACAAAGUCAGCCAAGGCCUUAUAUUAAAGAAUUUGCCUUUCCUUCUAAAAUAAAUGAAUUUCUUGGAACUGACUACUUGGAGAUUCAGAAGAAAAUGCCCAAGGCAUUUAAAAAAAAGACUGAAACAUCAUGGCUAUCUAAACGGUUUUCAGUAAGCAAGGCCAGGAAGUUGGUGCGUGCAGCAGUUCCUUCAAGACUCACAAACAAAAUGCUGAAAUCCCUUGAUGUUGGACAGCCAGUUCAGAUUAACAGAACCAACCAAGAUCUUGGAAAUGACUUAGUAUUCGAUGUUAGGACUUUAUGUAGACAUCCUGAUCCUGCACUGCUAGAGAUGAACAAAUUCCAAGUAAAGCCUCCUCAUUUUAAAAAGAGAUCUACAUCCCUUAAAUCUCAGCAUCUUAAGCCUUUUUUGACUAAAUUGCAAGAAGUGCAUUCCUUUGAAGAACUGUCUAAUGAACUCAGAACAACAAUCCACUGGUGCAAAAGCAAGAAACUUAGAUCACAAGCUUUUUGCUUGGGAAUGAAGCUUUUGAAAAUCAGGCAUCUGCAGCAUGUGGAAGCUCAGGGAUGCAGUUUACAGAGGAAACUGGGUUACAUGAAAACGACUAUCUGUAGAUACCUAACAGUGUCAUAUUCUAGGCAGAAACCAAAGCAGGGGCUUGGACUAAAGAGGCAGCGCAAACAUUCCAGAAAUCUAAGCCAUAACUCAAAGAAGACACGAUCUUGCUUUGUACCUGACUGGAAAAAGACUAUCUGUAGUGAUACUAUAAGUGGUGGCAUUCCCAUUUCUUUUGCUCAGCAGUUUGAGUAUUCAUCUAAUGUGAGAGAUGCUGACAAAAGCUGUACUAGAGGAAUAGCUGGGGAACCAGAUGAGGCAGUAGAAGGAAAGCCUGCCCAUCUACAAGAGGAAAUUAGUAAGAGUAAAGAUGAUAUUGAUGACAUUUUUGAAGCAAUAGGCAUAUAGUGCUAUAUUACAUUAAAUUGGAUUUGAUUGUC